ACAAAAACAGUGUUAUUAAUUUUUUGCUCAGAUUUUAGAAUGGACUUCUGAUUCAUAGAAGUGUUGUUACUUGCUAGUCCAAUUUAUAAACUGUUAUUACCGUGCCGCGAACACUUUACCUAACGGUGUUCUUAUCUACCAAAAAAGACUAGGCUGUAUAACAUCGGUUCUUUGCCUGCUCGUAGUCAACGACGAACAGUUUUCGCUAAAAGGAAAUACUGAGCUGAAUUUAUAACUGAAAGAAAAUUUCAAAUGACUCAUGUGGUUUUCCAAUUGUGAAAUUAAGUGUUAACAGUGUUAAGUACUCUGUUUCAAUGUGUUAAAGUUUUAAGUGAAAAGAAAACACAACGAUGGAUAAAAUAAAAUAUUUGUGGUCUAAAACCAACCGGUGGCAUAGAGCCUUCUUCAUCUUCUUCGUGGUGGAGUCCAAGGUCCUGCCUGCAGGUCAGCUUGGGUUUACGUGCAAUGACCCCGCACUAUCUUACCCAUAUACUGGAGAUACGAUCAGCUUAAAGCUGCUGCUAGCUACCACGAUAGUACUUCCAUUAGCUGUGAUGUUAAUAGUCGAGCGGAAGUACCACAGCGACAAGACAGUGAAACCGAAACAGCAAGCAUUACACUGGUUCAAGGAAUAUUUGUUUGGAGUACUCCUUAACCUCAUCGUGAUACAGGUUAUAAAACUCAUAGUGGGAUCCCCCAGACCUCACUUCUUUGACACAUGCAGCCCUAAAGAAGCUUUGACUUGUACAGAUUCAGAAUACGUUCCCACCUACACGUGUACGAAGGCUCACUGGAUGAGCCAGUCCGACCGGAGCUUUCCUUCGGGACACACGUCGCUCGCCGUGCACACGGGGCUGUUCUUAGCCUACUACAUCCGUCGUCGCACAUCACGGCCGUCCAGCAAGACGAUCCGUUUGAUCCAAGCAGUAUGCAUAGCGUCCGCCGUCAUCUGUAGCGUAUCCCGUAUGACGGACCACAGACACCACUGGUGGGACGUGCUGGCCGGGGCCACGCUAGCGACACCUAUACUGUUUUAUACUGUUUACUCCUUAUGUGAAAACUUCGAAUGUACCAAAGUGUCUACGGAAGACCCGACAGGUGUCGACACUAGAAACGACGCGCCAUUAAUAAGUACGAGAGAAACGUAACUAAAGUUCAGUAUUACUAUAUUUAACUAUUAGAUAAACCGGGUGUAUAGACUGGAUUUAAUUAUGACAUUAAAAAACGAACCUUAUAGCUUGUGAUAUAAAGUGUAUAAUUGUUUGAAAACAUCGGAAUAUGCGAGUACUUUAAUUGUUUUUUUUUUCUUCAAACAAUUAUGAAUUUUUAAUUGAUAGACUUAAAGUUCGUUUUCGAGUGUCACAAAAGUAUGCCGGUCAUAAAAAGAGUACCAACUGAGCUGACAAUUUACAAUCAUGCAAGGAAAUAAUAAAAAUGGUAAACAUUUACCAUUUUACCAUAAAUAUGCAGAAUUUUGACAAACAAAAUGUUAAAAUGAACGGAAUUGAAUUAUCGCAAUUUAUAAUAUAUUUAAUUUAAAUAACCUACCUUAUACGUGACUUAGUAGUUAUUUUAAACUGCUUUGCUUUGAAUGUUGUGUAAAUUAGUACCAAAUUUUUGAUUGAGAAAAAUGAUCCUUAAGUGCAAUCGUUGUCUUCUUCUAUAAAAUGUCAAAUCAAAAAAGUGUGUGGAAUGUGGAUGAUACUUAAAUAACAGUCAAGCCCUAUACUGAAUAUAUCUAUUCUGGCUAUUAAUCAAUCAGCAUGAAUGAUGACGUCAU